AUGAGCGAACUUGCUGACAGCCUCGAAGGCGAAUUAGAUAGCAGCCGCUCGCCAGUCACCGAUGAAGCUGUGAUGUCUAUUAUCGAGCAGAUAAGUGUCCUGACUCCGGAGCAGAAGGAGAAAGUCCGCAGAGCAAUUCUGUUUGGCAGCUCCGCAAAUCUGUUCAAGAUACGUUGUCUGUGCUGUCCGAUCUGUCCGCGACCUGCCAUGGCACUGCGAGCAGUGCUUUCCUUUGUGCUUGCUUCUUGCUGGUUGCAGCUUGCCAGAAGUACACGCCUCAGUGGCCAAGCACAUUCGUCAGCAGACGGGGCGAGUGGAGAACGGGGAAAGUGCGAGCUGGACACCGCAGAAUUCUAUUGGGAAUACGACAAGAUCGCUGUGUCUGGUCUUUCUUUCGCUGUUAUGGCAUGCAUGCUCACUCUAAGUGUUUGGAGUGCGACAAACCCGGCCAAGCGACACUUUGCGGUGUUCGUCAAUGCAGUGAUUGGAGUGGCUUGCAUCUUUCUACCGUACAUCGCCGGGAACCUUGCAAAGUCGAAGCUUGUGGCCAUUACCUGCCAUCAGUGCCAUUGCGACGAGGCGGAAAGGAGCACUGUUGUAGACCAAGCCAGCUUGUGCAUCCUGUUCGCUAUCAUGUCCAAGACCGCGGUGGCAGCUAACGUCUUGGGCAUCCUGGAUUUGCGAACGAUCAGCAGCACAGGCCACCCAAUCGACGACCUGCUACGGGAACGGGGCCAUGUGAAUCGCUACUUGGUGGUCGUCUCGUCUUUGUCAUUGGACUGGAAGGAGCUCAUCAAGAUCCCUGGUGUUUCUAACUACGAGCUUCGACUGCUUUGGCACUUGUACUUCUUGCGGUCACAGGCAAUGCGGAUAGUCAUGUGUACUUCCCAGUACAUACCUGAAGCACUGAUCAACUACUACUUGCGUUACCUGCCGAGUGAUGUUUCGCCAAAAGAAGCUAGAAGUCGUUUGACAACCAUCGCUUGCAACGACAUGACCGCGGCCAGUGUCACCAACAAGUUGCUCAGCAGGAAGCGCGCUUUGAAUCGCAUUCGCGAUGCUAUCGAGCCCGAAAAGGCGGCGAUGACGUGUUUCAACUCCACAGAUUCGGAAGUGCAGCUGGCAGAGGAACUCGGAAUUCCUCUCUUUGGCACUGACACCCAGGGAGCUUUCUGGGGAACGAAGACAGGCAACCGGCAGGUCUUCCGAGAUGCAGGAGUGCUGCACCCAGAUGGCAGCUAUGAUCUCAUUUACACUGAGGAGGAGCUGUGCGAGGAGAUCCUUUCCUUGCUGAGGCGCUGCCCUUCAACAAAGAAGGUCAUGGUAAAGCUGAACGACUCAUUCAGCGGAGAGGGAAAUGCUGUCCUUCGCGUAGAUAGUGAACUCGUGGACAGUCUCAAGGAGUCCGACGAACAAGCCAUGGAUGUUAUUUUCGACAGGCUGGAGAAUUCUCUAGAGUAUGUGGCACCAGGACUGACCUGGGACAAAUACUACCAGCAGUUCCAAACUUUGGGUGGCAUCUGCGAACUUUUCAUAGAAGGUCAGAGCUCUGCCAAGACAUCGCCUUCGUGCCAGGCCUUCUUGAAUGCAGACGGCAGUGUCAGGAUUCUGGCCACCCACGAGCAGAUGCUGAACGGUCAGAUCUACACAGGAUGCACAUUCCCUGCGAAAGAAGAGUAUUCUGCAGAGCUCGUAUCGCUGACAAAGAAGAUCGGCCAGGAGCUCGUUGGUCGGCAGGUUGUGGGCUACAUAGCUGUUGACUUCGUGUCUGUACGACAAAGCGAUGGAAGCUACAAGCAUUGGGCAAUAGAAGUAAACGUGCGUAUGGGCGGCACCACACUUCCAAUCAUGACAUUGAAUUUUCUUUGCCGUGAUGGGCGGCUGAACGAGCAGACCUCCGAGUUCAUCGCAAGCGAUGGAAAGCCGAGGUUUUAUGUGGCGUCGGACACACUCAGAAAGAAGACUUACAAGGGCUUGGUCAUUGAGGACUUGCUAGCCAUCAUCGAACGACACUCGUCAGAGAUUGAGUGGAACAAACGGCCGGGUGCUCCCGAAACAGGCACGAUUUUCCACUUGGUCACGCUUCUGUCCGAGCUCGGGAAGUGUGGCUGCGUUUGCAUCGGCCGGUCGUUGGAGGAAGCCCAACAAAUCUUUCGACGUGUUCAGGACAUCCUGGAUGCAGAAGCGCGGCCUGUGGAGGUGCCUCCGACAGAAAAAGCCGUGGCAGCUGAGUUAGACCUGGUUAUCGAAGAGCUUGAAGGCGACGAAGAGGACGGGAUGACGUGUUCCAGUCGGUACGGGUAG